AUGUUCGUUACGAGGAUUUUCUUUCUCUGCGUUCUGCAAUUCGUUGCAGUGGUUCUCGCUGUUGAUCCUGAGGCUGUCUACAAUGGAGGAUUCUCUUCCAAAACCUCGCCCAUAAAGUUGAAGAUUGGCAAUGGAGGAGCAGGGCAAAGCGGUCUGGUAGAGGCUCUCGCCAAUGCUUUCAUCAAACACAAGGUGGAGGGCAAAUCAGACCCGUUCAAAGUCGCUUGGUACAAGAGCGACACCACUGUGUCCAUCAACUAUCUUGAAGACGGCAUCAUCGAUGUUGGCAUCACCUACAGCCCCGUGGCCGAGAACGUCUCAAUCGAGCAAGGAAUCUCCGAGUCGCCGAGCUACUAUGCAUUCCGAGAUCAUUUCAUGCUCAUAGGACCCCCCUCGAACCCGGCAAAUCUCAAAAAGAGUAGUGGAAUCAGCAGUAUGUUUGCUCAGAUGCACGCCGCUGCCGAGGCCGCAAAGUCUGAACUGCCCGUUCGAUUUCUGAGCCGUUAUGAUAAAUCGGCCACGAAUAUCAAGGAGGCGGCGCUGUGGAUUAGUAUUGGACAGGUGCCUUGGGCGACCGCUUACUCCACCUGGUAUCACCAGUACAUCAACUUUCCCAUCCAAGCUCUCACCGCCGCUAUUCUGCUCAAGGAGUACACCAUCACCGAUUUUGGCACAUAUCUCUCCAUCCCGCGUGCCCUCCGGGACCAAAUGGUCAUCUAUAAGAAGAGUACCGACGACGCGGACGAUCCGUUGCUGAAUCCUGCCCACCUGUUGAUCGGCAAACGGGCGGAAAAUGGUGACAUGGCAAAGGAAUUUGCCAAAUGGUUGGUUAGCAAGGAUGGCGGACAGGAGGUUAUUGUGAAUUUCAAAAAGGAAGACAUUGGACAUUGUAUCCGGUUGUCCGUGGGCAGUAUUGUUGAAAGAAAAGAUAUCUUCCCCUGCCGGAAAAGCCAAGUCAAAGUUGACUACCAGACUGUAUCAACCCAUCAAUUCAAAGAUCGAAGGGAUUUCCUACAAUCCCACCAUCUUCGCGUCAGGCUCUCGAGGGGGCAUCGUGAUGCCGUGCAUGCCCUUAUAAUUGGACGGUUCCGGCGACUUCCAUCCGUCCAAAAUAUUCGAGUCCGUCAGCGUAUAAACUUCGACCCCCAAAGGUCGUGUAGUAGCAUGCAUUUCACCGCUUCCAUCCCAUCCCCAAUUGGACAGCAAAUUGAUAUAGGGAUCACAGCGGGUGCCCAGGCAAUCGUGCACUCUGCCACCGAACUCGUCCACUCCAUAACCCGCCAACGAAUCACCCGUGAUCGUGAGGAGGGGCCGCAUAAAGGGCAGGCAGGACCAGAGGCGGUCAUGCACCGAGACGUGGCUCUGAUGGAUCUGCCGGGUUCGAGUGGCCCAGAACCUCUCGCGGGGGUUAUGCAAGUUCCAGAUAUUGAAAUCGCCCACCUGCGGUCCCGCCGGAGUGGUGAUUCGGCAGAUCUGUCCGGCGCGGACCGUCCAGGCAUGCCCGGCGCGUGGACGGAUGGUGGCAGAGUAUUCGAGGACCCGUCCGCCUGGUUUAUCGGCCGUUUCAGCUAUGCGAUUUCAGCCAGAAUCGAGCUCGGAAUUUUUUGGCGCAAAAAGACGAAAGACGACGGCGACGAGGGUGAACGGCAGCUAUCACUGCUCCUGCGCCGAACGGGUCGUUACAUGAUGGAGGAUCAGGCAAAUAAGCCCCAUCGAAAGUCGAAGGACAAGGGCAAAAAGGCCAAAGACAAGAGUGGCACGAAUGUGAAGGCUUUCGCUGUUUCACGCCCCGGCCGUUCGCAAAGGCAGGCAGCUAGGUCCCAUGAUGUCAAGGAAAAGCGACUCCAUGUCCCCCUCGUGGACCGCCUUCCCGAGGAGGCACCUCCGAUCAUUGUUGCGGUAGUGGGACCUCCGGGUGUCGGAAAAACGACCCUGAUCAAAUCUUUAAUCAAGCGCUACUCGAAGCAUACGCUUAGCUCCCCUAUCGGGCCGCUCACCGUCGUAACAUCGAAGCGAAGAAGACUCACCUUCUUGGAGUGCCCGUCGGAUUCGCUGGCAAGCAUGAUUGACGUUGCGAAAAUCGCGGAUAUCGUGCUACUCAUGAUCGACGGCAAUUUCGGUUUCGAGAUGGAAACAAUGGAGUUCCUAAACGCCCUAUCGGCUAGUGGGAUGCCGGGAAAUGUGUUUGGGAUUCUCACCCAUCUGGAUCUAUUCAAGAAGCAAAGCACUUUACAACAAACGAAAAAACGACUAAAGCACAGAUUUUGGAGCGAGCUAUACCAGGGAGCGAAACUCUUCUACCUAUCCGGCGUUAUCAACGGACGAUAUCCUGACCGUGAGAUUCAUAAUCUAUCCAGAUUCUUAUCCGUGAUGAAGAAUCCUCGCCCCUUGAUCUGGAGAAAUUCGCAUCCGUACUGUCUAGCAGAUCGAUUCUUGGAUAUCACUGCGCCGACCGCAAUUGAAGAAAAUUCAAAAUGCGAUAGGACCAUUGCACUCUACGGGUAUUUACGUGGUACGAACUUCCCAGCAAUUGGCGCCAGAGUACACGUUCCCGGCGUAGGAGAUUUGAGUGUGUCUUCGAUCGAGGCACUGCCAGAUCCAUGCCCGACGCCGCACAUGGACCAGGCAAUUGCCAAGGCAACAGGUAAAUCUGGUCGAAAGAGAUUAGGUGAACAACAGAAGUUGCUUUUCGCGCCAAUGUCCGAUGUCGGCGGAGUCUUAGUCGAUAAAGAUGCUGUGUAUAUCGAUGUCAAGACUGCUACGUUUAAUAAAGAGGAAGACGACGAGGAUGAAGAGAGAGGCCUUGGGGAGCAAUUGGUUAUAGGUUUGCAAGGGGAACGCAAACUCCUUGGCGAGACAGUCGCUGGCGUGAGACUUUUUAGAGACGCGGACGCUUUAAUAGACGGGGGCGAUGAGAAGGGCAGGAAAGAAAGAAGAAAAGAAUCGGUUUAUGAAUGGGAUUAUGAUGACGACGAUGAUGGGGCUUUGCAAUGGAAAGAAAACUUGGCGGCUCAUGCAAAGGACCCUAUUCAAAAAACCGGGCAUAUCGCAUUGCUGAACUUACCCCGGAUGCUCUAUGAUGAUUCAGUACCUCCGGAGGAUGUUGCAAGAAGAUGGCGUGGGGACGAUUCCCCAUCUGCUGACGAGCAGACUGAGGAAGAUGCGGAUGACUUUUUCAAGAAAACGAAUACUGAGAAGCAAGACGUCGAUGACCGAACCAUACCUGAGUUUGAUUACGAGCAACUUGAGGAGAAGUGGCAAGCCGAGGACAAUCUAAAGUCAUUACGGCAGCGAUUUGCUAGCGUCAAGAUAUCCAAGCAUGCCUCGGACGGUGAUGAGAGUUAUGACGAAGAUGAAGAGGGUGGUAGCGACUCUGAGGGAGAUGGAGCUUUCGAAGAUCUCGAGACCGGAGAAGUCGUCACCGCGAAACAAACGAGUGAUGAUGAAGCAGAUGAAGAAGAAGGAGAUGAGGCUGAAGACCUCGAAAAGGAACGCGAGAAGAAUGCGCGGAGAAAGGAAGAACUUAAGCUUCGAUUCGAGGAAGAAGACAGGGAGGGAUUUGCUAAUGCGAAAAGUGGCACGCGCGCAGCCGGAGAGGAAGACCAAUUCGGCGAAGACGAGUGGUACGAUGCGCAGAAAGCAGCACUUCAAAAACAGCAAGACAUCAAUCGAGCCGAGUUUGAUAAUCUGGAUGCUCUUUCCAGAGCAAGAGCUGAAGGAUAUAAAGCCGGGACAUAUGCACGGAUUGUGCUAGAGAAUGUUCCCUGCGAAUUUUCCACGAGGUUUAACCCACGCUUCCCUGUCAUUGUGGGUGGGUUGGCACCCACAGAAGAUCGAUAUGGGUUCGUGCAAGUGAGGAUCAAAAGGCAUCGCUGGCACAAGAAGAUCCUCAAGACUAACGAUCCGCUAAUUUUCUCGCUGGGAUGGCGACGAUUCCAAACCAUGCCUAUAUACAGCAUAUCCGAUUCUCGGACGCGAAACCGGAUGCUGAAAUAUACACCGGAGCACAUGCACUGCUUCGGGACCUUUUAUGGGCCCCUCGUGGCUCCAAACACUGGCUUCUGUUGCGUCCAGUCCUUCUCGAAUAAAAACCCGGGGUUCAGAAUAGCCGCGACCGGAGUGGUACUGAGUGUUGACGAAGGGUCUGAGAUCGUGAAGAAGCUCAAACUUACAGGUCACCCAUAUAAAAUCUUCCGAAACACGGCAUUUAUCAAAGACAUGUUCAACUCAGCCCUAGAAAUUGCCAAAUUUGAAGGUGCAGCAAUCCGCACGGUCUCCGGAAUUCGAGGCCAGAUUAAGCGUGCACUCAGCAAGCCAGAAGGCCACUUCCGUGCGACAUUUGAGGAUAAGAUCCUCAUGAGCGACAUUGUUUUCCUCCGCACUUGGUAUCCUAUCAAACCGACCCGGUUCUAUAAUCCAGUCACCAAUCUCCUAGACAUAGAAGACGAACAAGGCCAGGGCGGGUGGAAAGCCAUGCGUUUAACGGGCGAAGUGCGGCGAGACCAGGGCAUCCCGACCCCCCUCCAAAAGGACUCGGCAUACCGCCCUGUCGACCGUCCGACGAGGCACUUCAACCCUCUGCGUGUUCCAAGGCAGCUUGCCGCAGAUUUACCUUUCAAGUCACAAAUUGUGCAGAUGCGACCCCGCAAGAAGGAGACAUACAUGCAGAAACGAGCUGUGGUUCUCGGUGGUGAAGAGAAAAAGGCUCGAGAUUUACUGCAGAAGCUGACUACAUUGCGGAAUGAAAAAGUGGCCAAGAGACAGGCAGCGCAGGAAGAGCGGAGGAAGGUGUAUCGUGCUAGAAUGGCGGAUAAUUUGGAAAAGAAGGCAGCGAGAGAGAAGAGGGAGAAGGACGAGUAUUGGAGCCGAGAGGGUAAGAAGCGAAAGAACGACGGUGGUGAUGGAGGCGGCGGGAAGAAACGGAGAUGA